CUCUCGGGGACAUAAAUAGAUUAAAAAUAAUUUUUCGAGGCUGAAAUGUACCUGAAGGUGAUACAAGGUACGAUUCUGAUUUUGCUAUCAGCAAUCAUUUGUUGCAAUGGAGACGAUAUUUUGGGAUGCGGAGCUAUGCCUCACGGUUCCGUUCUGCCGCACACGGAGUGCUACAAAUUCUUCUACUGCUACAACGGAGUCGUAGUCAUAUUGGAUUGCCCAGAAUAUUUCAAAUUUAUUCAAGAAGACGGGAAAUGUGAGUAUGAUCCUUCAUGUCUUCAUGGAGAUUCUUCCUCUGUCAGUUCAGAAGAUGCCUGUAAAGGAGUCACAGGCGAAAAAAAUGUGGAAAGUGGAAUAUCCUGCAAAUACUACUAUAAUUGUAUAAAUGGAAUUGGCGUCCUGAAGUCCUGUCCAGAUGGCUGGGGAUUCAAUAAGGAUGAUCAAAUGUGCGUCAAGGAAUUCCAGUGUGUGAAGACCUAAUUUCUGCUUCAGUAACUUAAAUAUUUUUGUAACAUUAAUCGGUGUUGGAUCAUUACGGUUUUUUUUUUUGUUUUUUUGAAUUAUACAAAAUAUUUUAAU